UAGUUUUUACUCUUUAUGGCUCGUGCUCCUUUCUGUCGGAAGGAGAAUUGUUCUCCCUACGACAUUGGCUUAGUCUUCGACAAGAUCGCCAGCUAUUCGCCUCAGGACAAGUUGAAAUUCAUCGAAAAUGUAUGGAAACCAGAUGAAGCGGCUGAUAUAGCAAACAAAGAAAAUCUUUCUGUUGUGAUUAGAUUUCUCGACUCAACCAAAAACUUCAGAGAAGAAUUUAUUGGAUUUUAUAUUUGUAAGGAGGGAACAACAGGAGAGGCCAUCAAAGACCUUAUAACUGCAGCUGUAGUAGACUUAGGAUUGAUGAUGGAAGACUGUCGUGGCCAAUGUUAUGAUGGCGCUGGCAAUAUGGCUGGACGACUUAAUGGAGCCUCCUCGUUAAUCAGAGCAGAACAUGAGAAGGCAAUUUUUGUCCAUUGCAUGAAUCACCAGCUGAAUUUGUGUAUUGCCAAUACCUGCCAAUUACCAAAUGUCAGAAACAUGAUGGAUGUUGUGCGAAAGCUUUUUUAAUUUUUUGACAACUCUCCCAAGCGACAAGAACAUUUAGAAUUCAAGAUCAUAGAACUUUUGCAAAAAAAACAAAAACAAAACCACACUGCUUUAAUUAAUGUAUGCCGCACCCGAUGGAUUGAAAGGAUAGAUGCUAUGGACCGAAUAGUUGAGCUUCCCAUCCAGUCACAGCUACACUAGAAGAUAUCUCAAUGAACAGACACAAGCAUGAAAAUACCAACUGGAAUCCUACCAGCAGACAAGAUGCCCAAUCAUUACUUAAUGCUAUCAACUUUUCCUUUAUUGUUGCUAUUGUUAUUGUCAGACAUAUUUUGGCACUAACUAAGCGACUUACAGUGAAGCUGCGAAGUAAAGCUAUGGAUAUCCUGAAAGCUAAAGAAGAACUUGCUCUUCUGAUAUCAGUUCUCACAGAAAUGAGCAAUGACAUUGAUGCCACACACCAUGAACUGUACCAGGAUGCAGUGACUAUCGCAAGACAAGUAGAUGUACAACCAGAUAUGCCAAGGGUAGCUCAGAGACAGACACAUAGACCCAAUGCUCCUGCUUCAAAUCCUGAAGACUAUUAACAAGAUAAAUCUGACCAGAGUUUUCCUAGACCAUGUACUCGAGCAGCUCGAUUCUAGAUUCAAGGAUGAUGUAUUUAUCUGCUACAAAGGUAUUUCGAUCAUACCCUCUGUUUUGAUUGCUACUGAUGACUGGAAGCCUAAUGUUUUAGAAUUUUGUAACUAUUACAGACAGGACAUGCCAAAUUAUAUAGGUUUACAGGCAGAGCUUUUAUUAUGGGAGAGAUUAUGAAAGGGGAGGGAUAACAGAGGAGAAGUGAUUCCAGACACUCUUAGGCUACACUGGAGGAUAUUGACAGAUGCAUAUGUCAAUAUUUAUUUCAUGUUAAGAUCCUGAUCACACUUCCAAUUUCAUCUGCUUCUUGUGAGAGAUCCAUUUCAUCCCUUCGAAAUCUUAAAACCUAUUUGAGAAGCACAAUGACUGAGGACAGAUUGAAUGGGCUGGCACUAAUGUAUACCAACAAAUACAUGGAUUUAGACCUGGACAGAAUAAUAGAUUUAUUUGCUCAAUUGCACCCUAGGAGAAUGAGAAUGGCAAACAUAUUAACUUAAAUUUUUGCUUUGUUCGUUUACUAUGCACCAUCUGUUUCUAGAGGGCUUGUGAGUUAUGUUCCAUCUGGGUCUUACCCUCAAACUGAUGGAUAACAGCUACAGAAACUCAAACUGGUGCCUGUAUAACUUUCUUAAAAAGUCAUGUCUAGAUGUUUUUUUUAUUUAGUGAUUAUUUCAAUUUUUCUAUUGACACUGGGAUUUCAUGUAAAGCUCAAAUGGUUUACAAACAUUUCCCUGUGCUCCAGAAGCUGCAGUUUCAAAUGAUAAAAAAGGGGAGUAUUUUUCAAAUUUAUAUAUAUAUUUUAUAAUCAUUUAGUACUUCUCAUUUUUAUAACUUGAUAUUAAUGUUGUAUUUUUCUCCAGAGCUCCAGUUACUGCAGUCCCCAAGGAUGAAAAAGGGGAGUUUUUAUUCAAAUUAUGUUGUCUAUAAUUUGUACAUAUCUUUUGUAUAUGACAUAUGAUAUUAAUAUUGUUUUUUUUUUUUCUUAUUAUCUUGAAAACUCCUGGACCAAGGACCAACCACAGGCUUGCCAUCUAUAAGUACCAUUUUUCCUUCUCCUGCUCAAAGACAGUUAGUAGGCAGCUAUAUUGGACAUAGACCAGUGGCACCGGUUUGGAUACCAGAAACUUUUUGUAGAGCAAGGUGUUCCAUGUACCACCUUCAACAAAAUAAAACUUUUUUUGCCUUUA